CCGCCCUCCGCAGAGGCUCCACCCGCGAUCUCCACCCACCUACCAGCCCCACAGCCGCUGAGACGGAAGCUCUCCUAUCCCAACUUCCUUGACCACAUGUCUUUCAACUAUGACGCCAGUCUCUUCCUCAGCCAACUUCAACGUCAGCGUAAUCUUGAGGCGGGACUGCAGGCACCACUCCGUGGCGAAGCUCGCAAGGAAGAAUGUGCCUGGACUAAGCAACUGCGUAGUGUGGGUUUGAUUAUGAACGUUUGUCAGCGCAACUCCAUCAUGGCAACGUUCCUGACCAGGAAGCCCUUGCGCGGAAUCGCCGCAGGUUGCGGAUUUGCAGAUUUUGUUCUCGGAGCUGUAACUUGGAGUCGCCACCCCCACUCCCCGAGUUCUAUCAGUUCAGGAGAGGAGGCUGCCGUCCAGGCAGUCGGUUUUUUCGAGGCCUGCCUUAUGAAGAGCGCUUAG